UCACUCACUUGCCUCAACUCACGAUCUCUUAUCAUAUACCUUACUCUUAUCAUCUACAAUAUUUUGCUAUUUGAGCUAGCUAGCUUGUGUUGGUGAUCAGGAUCAGAUAUAGUAAACUAGAUAAUGAGUGGUUCUUCUGCUUCAUACAUCCACAUGGUGCAGCACCUGAUAGAAAAGUGUUUAAUUUUCCAAAUGACAAAAGAGGAGUGCAUGGAGGCACUAUCCAAGCAUGCAAACAUAAAGCCCGUAAUCACUGCCACUGUGUGGAAAGAGUUAGAGAAAGAGAACAAAGAGUUCUUCGAGUCAUAUACGCAAUCGCAGAACAAAGAUCGCAUGACAGAUGCAGAAACUAGCGCUAUGAUACAGAAAAUGAUAUCAGAUUCCAAAGAAUCGGACGAAGCAGGUUCUUCCAAGGAAUCAGACAAGGAAUAAUAGUUGCAUAGGAGUUUAUUAUAACCACGCGAAAGCGAUCUAACCUUUGAGUUCUGGUUGGCAUCCAGUGCUGAUUGUCUAAAGCAUUCUCCCUGCUAUCAGUAUAUUUUAAGCUAGUAUAGCAGGUUUAUCUGUCUUAUUUUCUAAGUUACUAAUAUUACUUCUAUUUAUGAA